GCCUGCGGGCCUCGGUGCGCUUGAAGCGAAGCCUCUGGCGGUCGCUGAAGGAGCUGGCCAGCAGCCAUUAUUUCUCGAGCAGCCUCUCUGGCUCCAAGGAGAAGAGCUCCGAGAUGGAUUUGGGGGACCUGGUGUCUGAACACCCGCCCUUUGCCCACGCCAUGGCCUCCUGCCUAAUACAGGCGGAUGCCCUGGAGGUUUGCUGCGACGCUGCAGGGAGCAACGCGGAGGCGGAAGAUCGACUGCUGGUUGUCUCGGCCUGCAUGGAGCUUCUUCAUAGCCUCUGCGCCGGCCCGAACUCCUGGGGUCCUUCGAAGCUUCUCGGUCGGCGCAUCGCCGUCCUGUGGCCGCGAUUCGGCUACCGAGUUCUCGCGCCCCAGCUGAGGCGGCUGCUGCACGCCUCGGAAUCCGGAGGGACGGCAGCUCGGGCUGCGCGCGAGCUCCGUCGGGAUCUCCGGACGCUGGCCUGGCUUCUCUACCAUGCUCCCGAGCUCGGCCCCUUUGCGCGGCCGCUGGCAGCCGAGGUCGCCGCCCGUUGCGCCCAGAGCAGCGCUGCGCCGGAGACCCUGGCCAUUGCCGUGGGCUGUGCUGCAAACGCCGGCGCUCUCAACAUGGCCCAGGGUGCCCACAAAGAGACGACGCUGUUUGAGACCCUCGGGAACCUGGAACAGGCGACCAAGUCGGCUGUGCAGCUCUGCCUCUACGAGGAGUCGGACCAGCGCCUAUGGAUCGCCAGGGAAGCCUGGCCAGUGGUGGAAUCGCUAGGUUUGUGGCCCGCGAGCGAGGAGACUGCACGCAGAGAAGCAGACAUUGCGGCCAUCGCGAAGUUGCAGCCGGACGAUGGCGGGGGGUUCAGUGCGAUCCUUCCAGGCGGCGUGGACGAGGAGAUGGGCGUGGAGCUGGCGAAGGCCGAGCUUGCCGAAGCCGAGGUCAUGCCAGUCGAAGCUGUCGCGGAAGCGGAAGAAGUCUGUGUGGCCGAUGCACCCUCGAAGGAGGAAGAA